CGGGCGUCCCGUUGGUCGCGCAGUCACAACACGUGGAGGGAGGGCAGAGGGAGGCAUGCGAGUCACGUGGAUCUGCUGCGAGUUUGCAAAUCCCUUAGACCCCGUUAUUCGAGGUUAAGAUUUUAAGGAUUAAAGAGCGACGUUAACAGCGACAAUAACAAAACAGGUACGACGGGCGAUGACAGCUCGCCGUCGGUAAUGCUAUCGAGGAGAAGAAGACACUUUUUUAUACCACAUAAAUUAUAUUACGAGGCAAAGGUAAAUUUAUAAGUGUAAUUAAUACCGCUUUGAAAUUGCAACUACAUAUUAUUAUACCAAAGUCCCGCAAGCAAAUUAAUUGCUAGUAUAAAACAAACCGCACCGAACGUGAUACAAUUAACAAUCAUCGUCGUCGUCGUCGCAAUCGGGGUCAUCGAUUCAUCAUCGGCCAGUCAGCAUGUCGGAUACCAAUCACGAGAUGUCGCGCACUCCGAGCCCGCACUGCUCCUCGGACGCCGGGUCGGGACUCGGCUCGCCGGGCCACAGCGACCCCGAGCCGGGCUCCGCCGAGCACGGCGGAGCCCGGCUCGGCGGAGGAGGAGGAGGCUCAGGCGGCUGCAGCUCCUCGGGCUCGGAGCCGUCGAGGGGAGUAGGCGCGGACGACCCCUUCUCGGAGAGCAUCCAGGCGGCCGUGAGUCAAGUGCUGGACGGCUACGACUGGUCGCUGUUGCCCGUGCCCGUGCGCGGAGCGGUGGGGCCGGGGGGAUGCAAGCCGGGCGAGAAGCCCCACGUGAAGAGGCCCAUGAACGCGUUCAUGGUCUGGGCACAGGCUGCUCGCAGGAAGCUGUCCGACCAAUACCCGCAGCUUCACAACGCCGAGCUCAGCAAGACGCUGGGCAAGCUGUGGAGGCUCCUGAACGAGGGCGAGAAGCGGCCGUUCGUGGAGGAGGCGGAACGCCUGCGCAUGCAGCAUAAGAAGGACCACCCCGACUACAAGUACCAGCCGCGGAGGCGGAAGCAGCAGGGCAAGGGUGACGGUGCCGACACGAACAGCGCCGAGCCGGGUCCCCCGCAGCUGCAAGCGCGUGCCCUGGGGGGCGCCUACGUGCAUCUGUCUGGCCCGGGAGACGCGGCCCUUCUCGACGUGCACGGCCCCCAUCACGGACACGUGGCAGGUCAACCCCAGAGCCCCCCGACGCCACCGAACACGCCCAAGACGGCCGACCACGGCCCCCCGGGCAAGGGCCAGGGCAAGCGAGGCCACGCCGGGGGCGCCGCAGCGACGGGCGAGGGGCCCCGGCACCCGAGCCUCGACUUCCAGACCAUCGGCAUGGGUGACAUCGCGGCCGAGGCCAUCUCGGGCAUGGGCAACUUCGACGUCAACGAGUUCGACCAGUACCUGCCCCCCAGCGGGCACUCGUCCGUCAUCGCCACCAACUCGGCCGCCGCGUUCGCCGCGGGCGGCUUCGGUGGCGCCGUCGGCGGUGGUCCCAACGCCUCCGCUUCCUCCUCCGCCGCCGCCGCCGCCGCAGCAGCCACCGCAGCGUCCUCGCUGGGGCAGGUGGCCGCGUGGGCUCCGGCCAAGAGCCCCGUGAGCGGCGGAGACCGCGAGCGAGAUGGCAGGGAGAGGGCGAGGGGUGGCGGUGGUGGUGGCGGCGGUGGUGGCGUGAAAACGGAGCAGCAGCAGCAGAGCGUGAGUCCGAUCCGCUACUCGGCACACUACCAACCCCAGCAGCAGCAGCAGCAGCAACAGCAGCAGCAGCAACAACAGGUCGGCUUCGGCUUCCAAAGCCACCACCCGCACCACCACCACCACCAGCAGCAGCACCACCACCACCAGCAGCAGCAUCAGCAGCAGCAGCAGGCCUAUGCCGAGCUGCAGGGCGUCCAGCCUCCCAGGGGCUCCCAGCUGCCGGACCUCGUGGCCGCGGUGGCGGCCGCAUCGGCCGCGCACGCCGAGCACCACCAUCACCACCAUCACCUGUCGGGGGCGCCUCCCUCCUUCUACGGGCAGGGUUUGUACCCCGCCGCGUUCCCGCACUACCUGCACGGGACGGCUCAGAGGCCCCUCUACCCGCCCGUGCCGGAGGCGACAAGCCCAUCGCCCGCGCAGUCACACAGCCCUCCCCAGCACUGGGACUCGACACCCGUGUACACGCAGCUCAGCCGCCCGUGAGGGUUGUCGAGAGGGGAUUUGUGUGGUUUGGUAAAGGGGAGAUUGUGGCCGCGGGUGGCGAGGGGGGUUGGGGUGGGGGUGCAGUAACCAAAGGAGACACGGAGUGAUUGUUGCUGAUUUAUUAGAGGCUUUGUUUGGGGAUGGUGGUCUCUGCGGACGCGAGGUGCCGGAGACCUGUCUGCUACUACUACUGCUACUACCGAGUGGUCGAGGAGAGCGAGAGGAGGAUUCUGGAUUCGUAGGUGCCCCUUGCGAGCGGCUGUAUAUUCCUCGUUGUUUUAGAUUCACUGUAAUAUUAAUGAUGAUGAUUUAAAAACACAAAAAAAUACGAAUUACCGUUCCAAAUGGGGGCGGGUGUUUUUAAAGUAUUGGAAUGGAGACGGAGGUGGCGAUGGGGCCGCAGGCGUUCCAGCCGCGCAAUUGACACGGGAGUCGGGAAUAAUUCAAGGAGGUUUUUCUUCUUCUCGUUCUUGAACGACGUCGGGGGUAACGGGAAGACAACGGGUGCCCGUGUGUGUGUGUGUGCGUGUCUGUCUGUCUACCAGCGGCGGUUUCGUCAACGUUUGUAUUCACCACCGACGUGCCUAUAGUGUAUAUAUAUACACACAACACUGUAAAAAUAAGACGGAUAACCAUUUGACUUAUCCAGGAAAGCCUCACCGAGUCUCAAGCCCCAUAUUCAGGAGGGUCAUCCGUGGGGAUGUUUGGCCAAUUCCAUGAUCGAGUACCGUAUAAAUGUUAUAUGCAAUCGACAAAUACCGUAUUCUCUGGAUUAUACGACACACUUGUGUGUUUUUUGUGUCUAAGAAUAUUAAAGUAAAAAUUGCCGUUGUGGGGUUGCGCGUAUUAUAUAAUCUUGCAUUGUCGUGUGCGAGCGAGUGACCAGAUUUGCAUAACUUUAUUGACACCCAGUACAAGUUUUAUUUUGGGUUGUGGGAUGCUUGCGUCUUACUUUCCGGAGCGUCUGAUAAUCCUCAGAAUACGGUAGCGCAGAUCGUCCUGCAAGGGCGUCGCGGAGUCCAGAGGACUUAUCUCGGCGAGGGAAACCGAGUGCGCGCAGUGCCUUUCCACAGAGAAGGGGGUGGAGGCCGUGAAUACACCACCUCCGCAACGACCCUCACCAAAUGCAUUCUUCCAAGUUCCUCGUCGGGAAGGGCGACCUUAUGAUUGUCCGACGAUCAGGCAGGCGUCUGUCGAUUUCGUUCGGGUUUGGUCGGUGGUCUGCGGAAUUUUUGCAGUGCUCUGAAGUUAGCGACGCGUGGAACUUAACGAUGAUGAGGUCGGUGGUGACGGGUGACGGAUGGCGAUCAUCGUCAUGGACAGCGAAGAUAUUCGUGAUGCUCUCAACAAAGAAGACGACACCACCACCACCACGACAGGCGCCACGGCACGGCACUGAAGAGAAUCUGAUGUGAAAUGCUGCAAUCUGUGAAAGUCUUUACCACCCCGAGGGAUGAGGAAACGUCGAUCGAGCAGGCAAUUUGGAACAAGACCGGCUGCUCGACUGUUUAUAAGCUAUAACUGUUCUGCCAAGACUGGAGCCCGACGUAAAAAGAAAAAAAUCAUCCAAGACCAACGUGUAAGUCUUCCAGCAAUCAGGCGGCAGACGUAACGAUGCAGCGAUGCCAACGUUUAAACUUUAUAUUAAAUAAAAACACACACGCACACGAAACAGCUGCUUCGUAUCUCGUAAGCUGUCCAACACGUGUUGUGAACGUGCGUUAAAUGAGAUCUAAUAAAUAAAUGCAAAAGAUACUCGCACAAUGUAAAUUGACCUCGCCAUGGCCUCCAAUGACACCGCUGUAGACGUGGCCCACGACACGCGCCGGGGCGAUGGUGAAGACUUAUUUGCAGGGCAUAUAACCCCGCCGUGUACAAGUCGUCGGCGUUGUUCGCGCCGAUGAAAGAGCACCUCUAAGGAAGCAAGUUCGGAAGUGUGGGAGAGCCGUCCGCUUGACACGGGGGGGGGGGGGGUGUGAUGCAAUGCGAGCCCGCGAGCGAGUUCCCAACAGUCGAUGCUCUUCGUCCUGAGAACGCGGCGCUGAUUGCGCAGUCGAAAUGUAUAAAAUGGGGAGAGACAAAUUCCAGGCGCGCGCAGAAAAAAAGCCAUUCGUAUAAAUUACAAGAGGGCUGAAAAUAUUCGCAGUCACGCUUACAGGGCGCGUCGCUGGAGACUUUUAAAGUGCCUUGAUGAACAGCUUUAGCGACGUCCGUCUGUACCCGACGGGAGGCAAUGCAACUCGCGUAAAGAUGAUCCGAUAUGAACCAAACUUUUUGUUGUUGUUGUUUAUGUAAACCUGCGUUGCUAUUGGGGGGGGGGGGGGGUACGGGGGAAGCUUUCGGAAGAUACAAAAAAACCGGCCAAAUUAAUGCGAGCGAUGCCUAAAACCUCCUGGAUACCCCCCUCCUCCCCCCCCCCAAAAAAAAUGAACAAACCCCAGCGAUAACGAUGGGUCCCGCCACGGCAUCUCGGCCCGGCCUGGAUGUGCCGCUACCCUAGCCGCGUUGUCUCCUCGCGGGCGUAACGCGACCCUCCUUGCUCCGUUGACGCUGGGCGCUGGCGCGUUAUCAUCUCCAAUUGAAAGACUCGCCGCGAGGAGACGGCGCGCGUGUUGGAGAGUGUUAGAGGACGUAGCCUUUGGCGUACGGCAUGCGGUUAUUUGUUUUGUCUCUCGGUUGAAAUAACUCGUUGUCGAACAGC